UGUGAAUCCACUCGCCAGGAAAGGCGAGCUGCAAAGAGCGCUCAAUAAUUCAGCAUUUGUAACAGACGUUAGCAACAAUGGCCUCGCCAUACAGGACCAAGGUCGACUGACAUAUAUGAGGCAUAUCAUUAUAUAUAAUAUAAUUGUUUGUCCUAAUUCUACCUCCCUUUCUCUGCCUCUCUGCCUAUCUACUCUCCUCUCUCUCUUUCUCUCUCUCUUUCCCUCUCUCUCUUUCUCUCUCUCCCUUCCUUUCUCUACACACACACACACACACACACACACACGCAGUGACAGCAGGCAGGCGUGCACACCCGCACAAACAUCUUUCAUUACCGCCAGAGAACGAGGAAUGAACGAGAGGCAGAGGGACAGAACGAGAGAGAGAUAGAGAGAGCGAGAGAGGAAAAGCGCACAGAGGAGAGGGAGCAAGACCGAGAGGAGAAGAGAGAGACACGGAGACAGCACACCGCGCUCGCCCGACUCUCCCCAGCCCCAUUCCAGGAGGCAGGAAGCAGGCAUGGUGGAGGAGGCCGGCGCCCAGCCCAGGGUGAUGUUCCAGACACCCGGCAAGGAGGAAGAGGAGGAGCCGCCGUACCGUCGCCUGGGCAAGCUAACCGUCAAGUACAACCGCAAAGACCUGCAGCGGAGGCUGGACAUCGAAGAGUGGAUCGACGGUCAGCUGCACCUGCUGUAUGACUGUGAGGAAGAGGACAUCCCAGAGCUGGAAAUAGAUAUUGAUGAGCUCCUGGAGCUACCAGAUGCUGAUCAAAGGUCCAAGCUGCAGGAACUACUCCAGGAAUGUGGCAAACCCAAAGAUGACUUCAUUAAUGGGCUGCUGUACCGGAUCAAGGGUCUUCGGAAAAUGUCAAGCUCUCUCAGAAAAUAAAUGGGUUCUGUGGAGCUGGGACCAAGCCAUUGCCAUGACAACGAGUUAACUGGAGAAGCAGAUGCCCACGUGAGCAGAGCAGCAUGAGAGUCGAUAGCAGAACCAACUGAUGAUGAUGAUGAUGGAGAUGGUUGGGAAUGUCUUUACCCAUAAAGACCACUAUAGGCCUCCGUGAAGACAGUCCAUUUGGACUGCCUCUUAGUUGUGAUUAAUGGACAGUCUUAGAAUUGUGAAAGAUCAACAUACAGGUUACAAUAUUUGUUGUCUUUUCUCACUAAAAGGAAGUAAAAAUAUUGAUUGUACUGUCUAUUAGAAUACCUGCAUGGAACGCCUGUUUGUAACUAGCAAAGAAUUGUACAACAUCAUUGUUUUUCUAUUUAUAUAUUUUUGUCCUCAUUAGUAUUGUAUAAUGUGUUAAUAAAAGAAACUGUUUCAUGUA